AUGUCGCUCUUCUUACGGACCCUGUUAGAACGCCCAGAUCUCAGGUCUCAUGUGCUGCAUAUCGAGUGCCAGUUUUUCCUAAGGCUACAAGGCGCUCUUUCACCCGAGACACCCCCGGAUCUCUUGCAAACAUUGCGUGAGAAAUCCCUCAAUAUCUAUGAACAAGCGAUCCGGGGGGCAAGAUCGCUAUCAGACUUGAACGCAGCUGUCCUGGACUUUGUGGCCUACUCUGGCGACGAAGCACCGAGUGACCUUGGCGAACGGUGUCUUGCUGCCAUCCUUUGCCUUGUGCCCAAUAUCCAGUCUCUAGCCCUCCCCCCUCUUCCUCGCCCUGAGUGGUGUGUCUCGGGCUGGGCUGACGAUGCCGCUGUCGAGGUGAAGGACGAUGCUUCUGACUGGGGUGAUGAAGAUGUAAUAAAUGGCGAGUACCAAACACUCAAUGCUUUGCUUGGACUACUCCGCGAAUAUGACAGUGCUUCGCACAAAGUAUUGCACGGGUUGACGCAUCUGCGAUUCACGUAUUGCCCUAACUAUAUACCCGACAACUUCUCCAAUAUGAGACAAGGGCUCCUACCAUCAGCAGUCGAAUGGCCUCGAUACACAUUCCGGAUCUCUGCAUGCCUUAAUCUCCUUCGAUGCCCGAACCUGAUGGAGGUCGUCAUAGACUCUCUUGGGACGCUGAAAGACUUCCAUGGAAUUCUUCCACCUCUCGCCUCUGCACCGGGCUACAACUUCCAAAGGCUUCACCUCAUCACCUCGUCGAGCACUGAGCUCGCACUUGACAAGAUCAGCAGCAUGCUGCGCCUAUCUAAGCUCACUGUACACUGCCCAGACCAUGCACCGAGCACCAAGGACCGAGAUAAGAGAGCAGUUGCAGGACGCUCGGGCGGCUACACUGGCCCACCCCUCUGGGACUCAGCGUUGACCAAGCUGGCGGAUAAUCUCGUUGCUCUUGACCUGCACAGCUUCUGCACCUCCCGAAACAUGGAGCAUUUCCAUCUGACCUGCCUCAAGUCCAUGUCACAGCUGCAGCAUCUGUCCAUCUGCCUCCCACUCGUCAACCCCGUCGAGAAAUUCCAAUCGCGUCCGCUCCAUGCCGUUCUGCCCUCCUCACUUAAAUCGCUGCACUUAUAUGACUGGACCUGGCACCCGACCAACGACAUGGUCGAACAGCUUGGCAAAUUGGAUGUGUUUACUGCUCGUGAGCUUGAAAGCUAUAUAUCUUCCGAAGAAAUUUUGCGCCUGUAUACAAGAGCGUUGGCGGAUGUUCUACACACAUUUAGCUUGGCUUGCAAAGUGUCACACCCGAGCCUGCGGUCUCUCAGGGUAUUCGCUUUCAAGCUCGAGCCUAGACCGUCAUUGUUUAAGGACCCGGUGCCCAUGGAAGGCAUCAUGCCGGACCAGAAAGACAUAGAGUGUGUUUAUGAGGCUAACGGGGUCAAGUUUCAGGGACAUGUACUAGGAAAUGUUGAAGCAUCACCAUUCCGGGGCGCGUAUGCAGAACUGUACGAAUAG